AUGAGCGAGAACGUGCGCUCGAUCAGAGAGGAAUCGCCCUUGAAGAACGUUGUAAACGGGUUCAAGAGCUCGAGGAAACGCGUGAUGCUCGACUUGGUGCUCCCAACGCGUCGACUUUAUCGAAUUCAUGACCCAUCACUGUUCUUCGGUCUGUUGUCGUUCACGUAUUGGGCGACAAGACGCCUUCCUUCCUCUUUUCCUCCUCUAUCACAAGUUCCUCCUCCUCCUCCUCCUCCAAGCCAAACGCUCCCACCCAUACCCGAAGACCCCGACGUGACUGGGAAGCCCGACGCGAUCUAUACCUACCGACAGGCGGACGCGGGAGUUACCUCGUGCUCGUGGGCAUUGGCGUGUGUGCCGUUGUUUUGA